UUUCUUUAUUUUUUCAUUUCUGUACUUCUCCUUUGCUAUCAUAAAGCCGCUCAGCCGAGCACUUCAGCUCAUCCUCUCUCUCUGUCUCCGCGUUCUUAUCAGUACGGGUGUCCUCGCCUCAUCACCCCAGUCCCCAAAGUCCCAAAGCUACCGCCAUAGGUCGAUCUCGAUCCCCGGCGGCGGCUCAAAGCAAACAAGCGGCGGCCGGCGGAGAACUCGAUCGACGACUAAGGUGGAUCCACGGAGGCAUGGGAAGAGGCCCCUACCCGCCGACGAGGAGGAGGACCAGCCGCCACCGCCGCCGCCAUCAGCAGCGAAACACGAGCAGGAAGAGGACGAGGAGCACUAUCACCAUCAAGGAGGAGCUACCGGCGGAAGCCCGGGCCCGGAGGCGUACGCGGACUACUACUACUCGGCGCGCGCCGACCACGACGCCUCCGCCAUGGUCUCCGCCCUGGAGCACGUCAUCCGCGCGCCCCCUGGCCCUGACCAGCAGCAGCAAGGAUUCUAUCCCGCUACGGCUGCUGUCCCGGGGCAGCAGCAGCAGCAGCAGCAGCAGAUCGGGCUCGCCGCCGCCGCCGCCGCUGAGGAGCAAGGGAGGAAGCGGCACUACAGAGGUGUGAGGCAGCGGCCGUGGGGGAAGUGGGCGGCGGAGAUCCGUGACCCGAAGAAGGCGGCCCGCGUGUGGCUGGGCACCUUCGACACGGCGGAGGACGCCGCCAUCGCCUACGACGAGGCGGCGCUCCGGUUCAAGGGCACCAAGGCCAAGCUCAACUUCCCGGAGCGCGUCCAGGGCCGCACCGACCUCGGGUUCGUCGUCACCCGCGGCAUCCCCGACAGAUCAUCUCUGCACCAUCAACAACACUACCCCGGCAGCACGGCAAUGCGGCCUCCGCAGCAGCAGCAGACAGUCGUGCCGUACCCUGACCUCAUGCGGUACGCGCAGCUGCUGCAGGGCGCCGGCGGCCGGCCUUCGGGAUCAGGAGCCGAUGCCGACGCAGCAGCGCGCCAGAUGAUGAUGGUGGGCGCCGCCGGGAGCGGCGUGAUGAACCUGCCGUUUGGCCCCAUGUCGCCCUCUUCCACGAUGACCUCGUCGUCGUCCUCGUCGCCGCAGAUACUCGACUUCACCACGCAGCAGCUCAUCCGGCCGGGCCCGCGGCCCUCGUCGCCCGCGGCCGCGGCGGCAAUGUCGACGGGCUCGGGCGGAGCCGCGACGUCGUCGUCCACGACCACGGCGUCGCCGCCGCCGGCCAGUGCAUGGCCGUACGGCGCGGAGCAGCACAGGAGUAAUAAAGACUAGUUUGUUCUAGAGGUCAAUGGAUUAUCGAUGCAUGCAAGUGGGCCUGCUACCACACGGGAAUUCCACUACCACGUACGUACUGUGAUUCAUCGAUCGGGGCAAAAAUGUAUUAGCGGCGUGCUCCAUCAUGCAAUAUGGGGGUAAGUGUUUGGUCAUUAAGUUUUGCUGGUGAACAAUUUUUCUUCUUCUCAUCUUCUAGCUAAUUUGUUUUUCUACAACCUCAUAGUUUUGUUGAUUCUUAGCUAGUUUCAUUGAUGAACUUAACCAGCUAGAGGUAGCUAUCUAGUAUGUACCUUGUCUAAUUGCUUGUCAUUUCUCCCCUACUUUUCCAAAGCGUACUGAACUAAUUCUGAAAUUUAAUUAGUCCAAAGGAAUAAGAGAGGAAUCCACUUUUUUUUAAUGUUAAACCACAGGCGGCAUGUUUGUUCUUCUUGAAACAAUGGGCAUUUCCUUUGUUGAUUUUUGGAGGUUUGGAAAGAUUGUCCAAUUAGCUGGACGGUACUGAUAAUCUCUGUCCUUUGAGUGAGACUUUAUUAUGAUCGAACAUUGUGCCUCAAGACAAGGUAUCGAUAAAAUUAGUACAUCGCAAUUCGCAAGGGAAAAAAAUCUUCUUAAAUUCUCUCUCGUGAUUUAGAAGAUUUUGACUUUUUCUACAGGUUAUUCUUUUAUGUCAUAUUGCAUUCAGCAUUUUUUCUGUCAAUUUGUCAGUUAAUUCCCCUACGUCCUUGUCGAGUCUAAAUAUAUCAACCAUGAAUGUGCCAUAGUGUUCUUGCAUGCCUUUGGAUCAUUUUUGAAACUCCAAGCAUAUGCCUUGAACGUACAUAAGUAAUAAAAAGCAAGAACCCUAAGAAUAAAAUAAUGUAGAGAAAACCCCUGAAAGCUAGCUGUUAAUUAGGUGAAGGCAUUUUUUUAGUAACCAAGAUACUGCUGAAGUCAUGCAUUUUCUUUAAUCACCAGAUGCUUGCACUACCAUGAAUGAAUCCAUGAUGUUCUUAACGACACGAACAUGCGUCUGACACAUCGAUCUCUUAAGUUUCUACGUACGUAGUUUAGUGUUCAUUUGGUAGAAUAUUCGGGUUUAUGAUUUCGUAUCUGUGUCGAGAUUUAUUCGACCAACUUGUUGCCGACAUAAUGUGAAGAUACGACGAUCGAAGGUAUGGAGAAACCUAGCAUAUAUAUCAUCCCCAUCCCUGCUUCUAGAAGACUAUGGUCGAUACUGUAUCCACUAAUGCAUGCCGAACCAUAUGCAUGCAUUCAACUGUACAUUUUCUAUUGGAGUAUAUAUAUUAGUAGUGUCCAAGGCUCCAAGCUACUGUAUAUGAAUGAAAAUGUAAUCAAUUAUUUGUCUUCA